AUGAUACUGGAGCUUGCGGCUCGCUGCUCCACUGAACUUCCCAACCACACAACAACCGCAAAAAUGACCCAGUCCAAGGCAGACAAGAUCACCCAGGUUCAGCAGAACCUUCCCCUACCCGAGCAGCCCCCAGUCGCCUCUGACUGGCAAUCUGCCGACGCCCGCACCGUUAACGUCGGCAGCGGUGGUAACGCCGAGGCCAAGAUUGGCACUGACACCGCUGCCACUUCUGGACUCAGGGAGCCUGCGUCUAAGGCCAACGAGGAUUUGAGCAACGUCGGCCGCCAGGCUGUCGAGGGCCUCAACGGUCCCCCCAAGGAUGCUGCUGCCCGGUAA